AUGGCUGCAAAUGCUUAUAAAACCCAGUCAAUCAUUUCUGAUAAAGCUAUAGCAGAAAUUUUAAUUGCUGGGUUUACAGGUCAACUUAAAGCCUUCUCAUCAAAGUCUUCCCUUACCGCCUCUUCUCAUCAAAGUCUUCCCUUACCGCCUUCCCAAACUUCUUCAAGCCAUUUCAGCUUGCCUUCUAAGGAUGUUGUCGGACCUUGCGCCGCUUGCAAAAUCCUUCGCCGGCAAUGCACCGACAAGUGUUAUUUAGCUUCCUAUUUUCCUUCAACUACUGAACCACAUAAUUUCACUGUCGUUGAUAGUCGCUUCGGACUCAGCGAUGUCCACGAGUUCCUGCAGCGGAACAGCAAUUCUUCAUCUUACGUUCCACUAUUAUUGUUGUUGAGAGACACAAGUAAAGAUGGAAAUCAGCUCCAGGCAAAUCCCAGCAACAAUGGCAAUAUUGUUCCAUAUCGAACUAAUGUUAAUAUUAAUGGCAAACCCAUGCUUGCCAAUUCUGAAAACUCAAAAGCUCAUUCAUACAGUAGCUCUUCAAAGCCUCUAAAUAUGUUUGGAACUAAUGAUACAGGCACUCUUACAUCUCCAGCAAAUCAGUUAGGGGAGGGGAUAAUAAUAAUCUCGACUUGCAGGCUGAUAUGGUGGGUCUAA